AUGCAAGGUCUCAAUCGCGUGAGAACAGUCCUCGAUAAGGGCGAGGUCGCUCUCGGUGUGUGGCAGCUGUUACCCGGUAGCAAUAUGUCUCGCACUCUAGCAAGAGCUGGAUAUGAUUGGGUUCUGGUGGACUGUGAACAUGGAAAUAUCGAUGAUGCCGCAAUGCAUGAAGCCGUCCCCGCUAUAACCUCAUACGGCGUGAGCCCGAUUGUUCGUGUCCCGGACUUCCAAUCCUGGAUGAUCAAACGUGCUUUGGAUGCAGGUGCACAUGGAGUACUCGCACCUCUUGUGCGGACAGUGGAAGACACAAAAGCUUUCAUUGAAGCCUGUCGAUUCCCUCCACAAGGCAAGCGAGGUUUUGGCUCGCCAUUCCCCAUGGACCGGUUUGGUCGAAAUGUAACAGCUACGCAAUAUCUCACCGAGGCCAAUGCCAACCUCCUGCUUUCUGUUCAAGUCGAGACCAAGGAAGCAUUCGAGAAUGUCGAUGCCAUCGCUGCCGUUGAUGGUCUCGACUUGUUAUUUGUUGGACCCUUCGAUCUGGGCAACGGAAUUGGCCACCCUGUGCUGGGAGCUACCUUUGCGCCUGAACUCGAACGGGCUAUUGAGAAGAUCCUGGCUGCUGCUCACAAAGCAGGGAAGAAAGCCGGGAUCUAUUGUGCGAACGGAAAGCAGGCAAAGAAAUAUGCCGAUUUAGGGUAUGACUUAGUUAACGUCAUUACUGAUGUUGGUGCUCUGACUAGCUCCCUGGCGAGUGAGAUGGAAAUUGUGACUCAGAAAGCAGGCAAGACUGCCUCGGGUCCAUAUGGUAGUUAA